UUGCAUUUCUUUUUCUGCAAAACUUCUGUGAAAAGCUUUACUGUGUGUUUCCUGCACGUGAACUGCUGCAUCAUUUGGGGAUUUCUACAUCAAGCUUUCGAAACCGAAAUCAAGUAAUGUAUACGAACCUCUGAUUUUGGUUUAGUCGAAGUGUCACUCUCCUUUCUCCCUUUCUGUGGUUGAUUUAGAGUCCUUUGAAGGAAGUUAGGGUUAGAAAUGAGAAUGAUUUUGAAUGUGCAAUAGAGGGGGUUUUUUUUUAAAAAAAAGGGUCCUGACUUCAUUCUUCCCCCCUAUUUCGUGUGGAGAUUGAGAAAAUGUCUUCAGAAGAAACAAUAAAUGUAAUAGGGAGUGAGGUGAUGCCCCUGGACUAUGGGAGUAUGGACUCGGAGAGUAGUCCAUCUCCAUCUAGUUCGAAGAAAAGGGUGGAGGGGGUGAGAGGAGAUGAGGUGGUGGAGGUUGGGGGGAAUGAGAUGGUGGGGGUUGAGGGGGAUAGUGUGCCUAUCACCGUGGUAAAAGUAGAGGGUAGGGGAGAAAAGGGGUAUGAAAUAGAUGCAGAUAUAAUGGAGGAGGUGAAGCAGUAUAGAUCUGAACUGGGGACCAAGGAUAGCCUGGGUCAUUUAGUGGAGAAUUACGAGAUCUCUUCCCGAGUGUUAGUUAGGCCAGCCGGGGUAAAGGAGAGAGCGUGCUCUGCUCCUCGGGAUCAUUGGAUGCCUGUAUAUGCCCAUUAUUUAUUUGCUGGGCAUAGGUUUCCAAUUCCUGAGUUACUAGUAGGUUUGCUACUAGAUUACGGUAUAGGGUUGGCACAGUUAGUCCCUAACGCUAUGAGGGGGGGUAGUAGGAAGGAUAAAGGGUGGUAUUAUUUCACCCCUAGGGUAGCGAAUAAGGAGAGUAGGGCGUUGUUUAUGGCGGGGGGGGAUUUACUGAACAUCAUGGACCUCACCAGCGCACAAUGCAUAGAAGCUGCUGAGCUCUAUGGGCCAAGCGCUUUAAGUGAAGCUGAAAUGGAUAAAUUUUUGAACACUGCUGGAGGAGUGGCCAUCCCCAAGAAGCCAAGGAAGAAGUCAAAGACUUCAACCAAGAAGGGUUGGGAGGAGAGGAGGGCACUACAGAAAAAGAAGGUGGUGGAGGAGGAGGAGAGGGGGAGCAAGGUUCCCCAGUUCGUACCUCAGCCUCCUCCUGUAGAGCUGGACCUUGAGCUCAGACAGUUGGAGGAAGGGGCUGAAGUACGAGCUCCCGGUAAGGGAAAGGGCCCUGUUCCCCCGUUGGCGUCCCAGAGCAGCCUGUUCGAGGCGAAGAACAUGACGGGGGCUAGGUGGUUCAUCAACACCACCUUCCCCAAAGUGGACAAACGCAACGCACGGGACGAGGCUCUGAGGUAUUGUGGGGCUUCAAUGGUGAAGCACGUUUUAAAGAGCGCGAGCUGGGUGAAUGGUCUAGCCCAGGAGUUCAUGGAUAGUGUGAAGGAGCGCUCCCUCUUGCAGAGGCAGUGUGACCAGCUGCAGAAAGAGAAGGAGGAGUUGGAGAAGAAGAAUGAAGAACUGCAAGAGGAACUGAACGAGGUGGUUUCAAUUGUGAAACAGCUGGAGCAGGAGAGGGCUUCCCUGAGCACCAAGCUCAUCUUUGAGGAGAGCAAACGAAGGAUCUUCAAAAGCGAGCGUGAGGCUCAGGCGAAGGAAAUAGCGUUGAUGAAGGAUGCUUUCAUGGAGCUGAAGGAGAAUAUGCAGAUGUUGGUGCACAAUGGGAUGAAGGAGCACAUCAGCAACUUCAUCAGCUCUAGCUCGUUUGACAACAUCGUCAACUUGUACCGGCUGCCCACUGCCAUCAUUGCUUUCACGGACUAUAGAAAGAAGGUGAAGGCUGAAUAUCCCGAAGUGGAUAUUACAAAGAUCACCUUCGGCGAGCAAGAAGGAGGAGUUGAGGAGAACGGUGAGAGCAUGUCAACAGACUUCCGUCCUCAGAUCAAACUGAGGUGGGAGCAUGAUGCAGACGGACGUGUUGUUUUCCCUCCACAGUUCGACUUUGAGUUCAUUACAGUGGAGGAAGAAGGUGCAGAGGUAAAGGAAGACGAAGUGGAGGUAGGAGUGGAAGGAGCUAAAGUGGAUGAGAGCCAAUCAGUUCCAGAAGUGGAGAUUCAUCCUGUUCCUUCUGACGAUGAGCAGCCUCCUCUGCCAGACAAGCAGCAGCCAACACAGCCACCUCUUCCAGCUAAGCAGGAGCAAGUGGAGCCACCUCCCCCAGCAAAGAAAUAAUUUUGUUUUUUAAUUUUUGUAAAACAUUUAAACAAUUUGUAAUAUUACCUUGAAUGAAAAUUCAUUUUUGAAAUCAUGUGUUUGUUUGUGUUUGCUUUACAUUUUUGUUAUUUUUUAUUAAUAAAAGAACUGAGAUUAU